AUGAAUUUUGAAAACAGAUGGGUCUUGAGAUCCGCUCUGAACUUCGCAAGUGAUGGAGAAGUAGUCAGAGAAGUAGGUAGAGAGUUCCAGAAAAAAGGACCAGAAAAAGCAAAAGCAGAUUUGGCAAAAGAGUGUUUAACACGAGUUAAGAAAAAGCGAGAAGAAGAAGACGAUCGUAAACCGGGGCGUUUAGAUGUGGAUGUUGAAAAAUGUAAUUUGAAUGUUGAAAUAAAAUUUUUGUGCCGAUGCAACAAAGCACAUCAUCACCCCAGCAUCACCGCAACACAUCAGAGCAAAACAGCGUACCACAACACACCAUAA